AUGGUCAAGCUCGAAGAGGUCAUGGAUGAGGAGUUUGUGCGCGAGCAGGAAGGCCCGCAUGACGACGAUGAAUGGGACACCGAUUCUGAGUCAGACACAUCCUCCAUCCACUCCGUAACACCCGACGAGACCCUCUACGACCGCAUCAUCGCCCUACAAGACAUGAUCCCCGCCAGCACACGCCGAUCCGUCUCCUCAAAAGCCAACACAAUCACUUCAUGGUUCAAGAGCGGUCUGAACAUGGGCGGCAAGACUCUUUGGGUAGUGAGCACAAGUGCGCUGCUGCUCGGUGUGCCAUGGGCAUUGGCGUACAGCGAGGAGCAGAUGAUUGUUGAGCAGGAGAGGGCUGAGUUGCAGGCACAGAGGGCGCAAAACGAGUUCAUGGCUCCCGGUGCGCCCGUACCUGGACAGCCAACCGGCGCAAAGCCUGCUUUGUAG